AUUUGUUGGUCCACCACGUUGUUUUGUUUUUGUCACUGAAUGGCUGAACGCCUCGAAGGUUGAAAGCAUUUAGUCAAGUUCGUCCUUCAAGUGAACUCACUGGGAAUAAGUUCCGUGCCCUCGUAUCGGCUUCUUAGUUAGAAGUUCUGUGCUCUGUAGCUCAAUGAUCGCCAUGGAUCUGGUCAAGACGCUGGAAGAGACGGAUACCGUGGACUAUUUGUCCUCCGAGAAUUCGGCCGACGAGGACGAGGCCGUGCCACAAAAGGUGAAUCGCAUCGAGCCCCUCAAGGGUCAGUCGGCUCCCGGUCGUCAAGACUUCGAGGGGGACUUCGACUUUGUGGACAAUCAAGCCGAUUACAUGAAGGAUACGUGGUCAGAAGUGGCCAGUUAUCUUAAAAAGAAGUCCCGCACCACGUUAAACGCCAAAAUCGCCCAAGUCCGCCAACGAAUGCAGACCUCCACUGAUGACCCGCACUCUGAGGACGUGAUUGUGCUUUCAGACGACGAGUUGGUGGUCGACGAUCUCAAUAUGAAGAAGGGUGAUGCACGCCGAAAGGCACGCAAGCGAGUCAAAGCCCAGACGCGCGCGGAACCGCCCCCGGGGUUGGAUCAGGAAGAGCAGGCAGGGUCGGAAGAAGAGGAGGAUCAAGUGGAUGACGAUGACGAUCAACGGCAGGUCUUUGACGAUCAAGUGUGCCUGACCAACGACGAGGACAUGAGUGCGGCCUCAUUUCACACCAUGAAUCUGUCGCGACCGUUACUCAAAGCCACCGAAGCUCUGCACUUCAUUCACCCCACACCCAUCCAAAAGGCCACCAUUCCCCUGGCUUUGGCAGGGCGCGACAUUUGUGGGUGCGCGGCCACCGGUACGGGUAAAACGGCGGCUUAUAUGCUGCCCAUUUUGGAGCGAUUAUUGUACCGCCCGAAGGAAAACUGCGUGACCCGCGUGCUCAUCCUGGUGCCUACGCGCGAAUUGGGAGUGCAAGUGUUUCAAGUGUCCAAGCAACUGGCUGAAUUCACCACCAUCAGCUUCGGCCUCUCUGUAGGCGGGUUGGAUUUGAAAAUGCAAGAAUCGUCCCUGCGUAAAAGUCCGGACGUUGUGGUGGCUACCCCGGGUCGACUGAUCGAUCAUCUUCAGAACACGCCCUCUUUCACCUUGGACAGCAUUGAGGUGCUUAUCUUGGACGAGGCGGAUCGCAUGCUGGACGAGUGCUUCCUCGAGCAGAUGAAGGAGAUCGUGAAGUCGUGCUGUCCCACGCGACAGACGCUCUUGUUCUCAGCCACCAUGACGGAUCAGGUCAAAGAUCUGGCCGCCGUCUCGCUCAAGAAGCCCGUCAAAGUGUUUGUCGAUUCGAACCGUGAGGUCACGUGGAAUCUUCGACAAGAAUUCGUUCGGCUGCGACAAAACAAGUGCCACCUCCGUGAAGCCGUCUUGGCCUCGUUGGUCUGUCGGACCUUCCGAGAUCACACCAUGGUCUUUGUCCGGACCAAGCGAGAAUGCCAUCGGCUGCACAUUCUCUUGGGAUUAUUGGGAUUGCGAGUGGCUCAACUCCACGGCAACAUGUCUCAAGCCAACCGAUUGUAUGCCUUGAAGCAAUUCAAAGAGGAGGAGGUGGAUAUUCUCCUUACUACGGACGUGGCCGCUCGCGGUUUGGAUAUUACGGGAGUGAAGACCGUCAUUAACUACGAGUUACCCAACACCGUGGAACAAUAUAUCCAUCGAGUGGGCCGAACGGCGCGGGCGGGUCGUAUUGGUCGGUCCAUAUCUUUGGCUGACGAAGAGCACCGUAAAAUGGUCAAGGAGAUCAUUCGAAGUGCGAGGGAUCCGGUGAAGAACCGCGUCAUACCGGUCACUAUUGUGGAUAAGUACAUGAACAAGAUCAAGGGCAUGGCCGAGCAGGUCAAGACCGUCAUGGAAGAAGAGCAAGCCGAGCGUGAGAUUGCCAGCCUGGAAAACAAAGCCAAUCGCAUGGAAAAUGAACUCAAGACAGGGCCGGAGCCGGAACGCACUUUCAAAGUGGGCAAAGCCGGUCACGCCCUACCUAUGUUGAAGAAAAAACGCAAGAAGGGGCCCACUUUCGAAACGGAGGAGGACAAGAAGCUCUUCCAAGAGAGCCAAUAUCUUACGCGGGAAUCCAAACGGAGUCGCAAAAUGAAGAAGAUCAGGACCGUUCACGAUGCCGAGCCCAAUGAAGGCGGUGAUGACAAGCGCAAAAAGGGAAAGAAUAUUUUCGACGUAAGCCGUAAAAAUGUCAAGCGCAUGCGGCACGAAGGCUCGAAGGCUAAGCGAGAACAACGAUCCCAGAAGCGGCAACGGAAAUGAACGGCAAAUUUGGUGAAUGAUGCAGAGCGGAAUUUAAUGCUACGAUGAACUUCGAAAUCGACGUCGAAAUAAAUCACUAGAUAUCACGAA